CAUGUUACGUCCGAGUACUUCCGGUGUUUACUUCUAGCUCGUUUAGGAAGACAUGAAUGUUUGUUACGUUGUAUUUUAUUCACGUGAGCGAAAUGUUUUUGGAGGGGAUUAUUUAUUCAUAACAUAUAAUAUUUAAAACCUUCUUUAUAUAAAUGCGUGCGACCAAAUUUUAUAUUCAGUUUUCGACGUUAGCUAAAGCUAGCUAGCUAUAGCACAUUAUUCUGUUUUUGGAAUAGCCUAUUACGGCUUGUCUUUUGUUACUGUUAUAACUUUAUUUUUUCCCUAUAAUUUUAUUAUCGAGUUUUUCUUUUUAAAAAAAUGAAUAUUUUGCCGAAGAAAAGUUGGCACGUCCGCAAUAAGGACAAUGUCGCGCGCGUGCGUCGUGACGAAGCGCUCGCGGCCGAGGAGGAGAAAGAAGUUCGGCGGCGCGUGGAGCGCGCGGAGCAAGAGGCUCGGACGGACUAUCUCCGUAGGAAAUCCCGUGCGGCGCUCGAGCAAACAGCGGGACUGAGGGACGAGGAAGAGGUAUCCAGGGAAACCAGCGGGACCGAGCAUCUCAACCUGUUUCCUCUGGAGGACUCGUCAGAGAAGAAGGGCAACGCCGAGUACCAACGUGAAAAGAAAGAAGAGAAGGAGAAACAGGAGCGGGCUAUCGGUCUGUUGGUGUCUCUUGGCCCCGCCCCUGGUACCGAGGCCACACCCUGGUAUCUGAAGGAGAGAGCAAGAGACAAAGAAGAAGGAGAGAAGGAGAAAGAGAAACAAGACAAGGGCAAAAGGAAGGCUAUAAGCGAGGAAGAGCGAGAGAAGAAAGACCGGAAGUUAAAGGACUGCCUGGACCCUCUGAAAGACAUCAAGAAAGCUCUGGCCGUGAAAGACAAGAAGGAGAAAAAGCACAAGAAGAAGGAGAGGAGAGAUAAAGGGGGGAGGACGAGUGCAGGGAGUUCAAAAGAGCAACUGCGUGCGGAGCGGCUGCAGAGGGAAGCCGAGGAAAGGAGACGUGCUCAGGCCCUGCUGGACCAGAGGAACGGAGUAGGUGGGGCCAAGGAUGGACAGAAGGAGCCGGCUGAGAGAGACCGACCUUACAAUAGCGCUUACUUUCCUGAACUGGCCCGCAAGAGACCGAGAAGAGACAGAGACAUAGUACAGGACUUUCUGAAUUCCAACUCCUAGACUCUUUGUUUUAUACGGUCUGAAACUCCGCCCCCACCUGAACGUCUCACAGACCUAAUGCUCCACAGCAAAGUAUGACGUGAUGAUGUCAUCAAAAAGUGGCAUCCAAACACAGGCAGUCAGAGAGGCCACAGAAACGCCUGGUGUAAUUUAUCACACACAAGCGCACACUGUGUUCAUGCCUCUAUAUUUUACAGGGGUGUUUAUGUGAGUGUGUGUAGAGUAAAGAUUAUUAAUUAUAUAUUUUUUCUUCAGUGUACAUAAAGUAUCGUGAGCCAAAAUAAGACCUCUGGUUUCUACUCAGUGGUUAAGUAAGUUGGAAGCCACAGCAUUAUCUGGUUUGUGUAGUGUUGUGUUAAGAAUUCAAAACUUUUAAGAUAAUUGCUGACUUUGAUUCUGUUGCUGUAAUAUUUAUUUACUUAUGUAAAUGGUUAAACUGUCCAAGUAUAAAAGGCAUACAUUCAGCUAUUCUAAAUAUAUACAAUAUCUAAAUAAUCAUAAGCCACUUACUGUUGGGAUCAAACAAUUUACAAAUAAACAUUUUCUGUUGUUUGA